AACAAACGACAUGCACCAAAUCGGAGCAUUUUUAUAAAUAAAUAAUAUUAAUAACAUAUAGGCAAAUGUUUCGCGGAUAUUUAGUGAAGAGUCUAAAAAUUGUGAACAACGUAGCAAACAGCACACACAUACACACACAUGAGCAUUGUAAGAGCAUAGACAAAGCAAAUUUGUAUUUGCUGGAAAUUUUCUCCUAUUAAAGUACAUGUUUAGUAAAUGUUGAAAGCAGAUCUUCACUUCGAGGCUGUUCAAAUUCAUUAAAACGAAUCCCUUAAGAUUCUACAUACAUACGUUUGUCUACCGAAUUACAGAAACAUAUGUAUAUGCAUUUAUACAUUAACUUUUGAAAGGAGCAACACUAGGGUACGGACAAAGAAAACAGAAUCAAAGUGAAAUACGCAAAAAAAUACAGAGGUGAACAGAAAGCAACUGAUGACUCCCGAGGUGUGCGCAAACUAAGCAAGCCCUGCGUUUUGUUAUAGAAUUGUCGCGCAUCUCAUAACAAAUUUCAAACGAAACAUCUAUUAUACAUAUUCUAUUAUUGUAAAAGUGAAAUUACGAGGUAAUUUUACAACAAUAAUUGCAACAGCAGCAGCAAUAUGACUAUAAAGCCAGUGAGCAGUGUCGUCGAUGCGGACAAAAAGGAAGCGCAUGUCGGUGGGCAGGUGGUUGUCGAGCAGUCGGUUGUGAAUCCACAUCGUAAUGUCGUCAUCGAUGGGCACGGACAGAGCCCACAGCGACGUGGAGAAGUUUACGACGAGCUGGCGCGGUCACAUCGGUGCAGCCCACACAAGAGUUCGCGUACGAAGCGUCGCGAACAUCACGACAGUCAUGCUCACCAUCACAAGCGGGAUCGCUUGGAACGCGAGAAACUGAACCUCGCAGCUGGGGUUGUGUCCAGUGUUGCCGGCGUGACUAGUAAAUGUAGCAGUCCCCACGCUGUGCCGGCACCCACAGUAGCAACCAGCAGUAGUCCAUCAUCGGUGGGACGGAAGUCGCCGGAACAUAAGGGUCUCGGUUGUGCCAAUGCGGCCAAAGUUCAGGCGCAAGCCACUCCAGUGCCAGUAGGAGCCAAUUUGCUGAAAGCUGUUGAGGAUACCUUUUCCGGGUAUAACAGUGGUGAUGAACAUUUGCAGCCAAAGGAUCGCGCCACAUCGGCCGAGGAAUGGCAGCGACGUGAUGAGGAAUUUGCUAAAUGUAUGGAGCAACGAGGCUAUGAACUAAGACCAGUCGAAGAGGACGGCGCCUGUCUAUUUCGAUCCAUAUCGUUACAAAUUUAUGGAGAUGAGGACAUGCACGAUGUCAUACGCCAACAUACUAUGGACUAUAUACAUGAAAAUCGGGAGUACUUUGGCCAAUUUGUCACCGAGGAUAUCAAUAGCUAUAUCAAACGUAAGCGUGCUCGGGAUGCACACGGUAACCACAUCGAGAUUCAAGCUAUAUCAGAGAUCUACAGUCGCACGGUCGAGGUCUACUGUUAUCAGUCGACUCCAAUAAAUAUAUUUAACUCGGAACAGUCGCAGGCCGGCUAUCCCCCGCUGCGCCUCUCUUAUCAACGUGGCUCACAUUACAAUGCUAUAUUGGAUCCCUAUAAUGCUACCGUGGGCGUGGGAUUGGGCUUGGCUGGUUACAAACCCGAAUUUCAGACCAAGGAGGCUGUGCGUAUGAGCGAGCAGCUUGAAAUCGAGCAGACCAUGUUCGAGGAUAAAUUGAAAACGACAGACUGGGAAGCUACCAAUGAGGCCAUCGAGGAGCAGAUUGCACGUGAGUCCUAUUUGCAGUGGUGCCGUGACAAUAUGCAACGUACGCGUAACACAACAGCCGCUGGCUCGGCUACAUCCUCUACAGUGACAUCGGCAGAGGCAUUGACAGACUCAGAUGCCUCACCCUCCAAAUAUAGUGGCAACAAAACCGGCAGCAAUAUUGUCGCUUCCGUGGCCAACGACAGUGGUGUCGUCGUAGGUGGUAGCAGCACUAACUUAAGUGCUAGCAACAACGCAGCUGCAGGGAGCCUUCCUUCAUCACGCAACUUUACAUUAUCCCCCAAGACGUUGAGCCAAUUUUCGCACAAGCUGCCGCCGGACGUCAGUGAACUGAGUGGCUACGACAGCGAUGCGACCGAUAUGAGCAGCACCAGUUCCGUCGGACACUGUGGCGGCAAUGCGUCUCCUACCACAGCGACUGCACAGCGCGCCAAAACGAGUAAGUCACAGCGCCGCAACGGUGGUAUUCGAAGCAAUAAGAAGCGGCGCCACGAUCGCGAAGCUACCCCUAAUGGAAAUGCAGUUAAAAGUGUGGAUUUAAUGGAAACGCCUUUGCGUAAGAGUCCCAAGCGGGAGUCGGCACCUGCUACCAUUGGGCAGCAGCAACAGGAACAACGAAGUCGCUCACGCACACCAGACGCCGAGCAACAGCCGUGCACCUCGAAACAGUCGCAUACGCCCGAUAAGCGGAACUCAGGGACUACGCCAUCCAAACAGAGCCGCUCGAGUUUCUAUCAAGAGCUGCUUGAAGCUUCGUAUGCUAACGAUGGGUUCAACGAGAAUGAGAUGCUGCAGCGCGCCAUCCAAAUGUCGACACAAGACUACAUGGAAGAUCAGAAACGCAAAUACUUCUUCGGACCGUAGACUAAACAGAGCACCGGCUUCUUGUUGUUUGUACAGUGAUUCGAUUUUAUUUUCGCAACGAAGACAAAACAGAGAUAACCUUAACCAAAAUAAAACAAAACAUAAACAGAGCAAGAAACAGAGAAACGGAAACAUAAAUGUAGGAAAAAACUUGUGCUAAAUUGAUGAGUGCGCGUUCCUUAAG